AUGAACGGAAUGGAGCGAAGUGGGCGGUCCAUGCAAGGGGCCAAAAAGGCAGCCUCACCACCAUUCUUGAAUCUGAACACGUCUUCGGGUUCCCUCCGUAAGAUUCAAGCGAUGCAUCUCUACGAAGUCAAAGGCAGGCCGCCGAUCGUGUAUGUCGCGUUUCUUGUCAUUACUUUAUUGCCGCUCUACUAUGGAUCUUACCGAUACCGACUACGACAUCCAUAUGGCGGCGCCACAAUUAGCGAGGGACGCGUUGUACCCCAGGACUUCAUCCACGAAUGGCUUGACGUACAUGUUAUUGAGCCAUACAGUGCCUCUCCGCUGUCGAACUACUGUAACAGGACAGAGUGGCGUCCCAACUUGGUUUUCAACCUGGCCAACGCGAACGGGGGAAUAGGCAACGUACGUGGAAACAUCCUCGACUUCGUCUUUUUCGCCAUCGAAGCCGGUGCGAGCAUCGUUCUGCCUGGCAUGGCGGUUAGAAGUCAGGAUGACCUUAGCAAUGUAUGGGCGGACAGAGCCUCCUUCGACGCGCUUUUCGACGAAGAAUGGUUUCUACGAAAAAUGAAAGAGGCGUGUCCUCGCAUGCAGAUUUACAAACCUGAGCCAGGAAUGGAGGUCGCCCCUGCUCUGGAGGGAAACUACCUACCGAGCUCCAGAAGAAUGGACGAGUCGUUCGACAAUACCAAAGACGCAUACCUUGCGCAUCUCGACGGAUGGCUGCAAAGUAAGCCGAAUUUUGAGGCGGACAAGCUGGUAGUCGUCAAUCUGGAGCGAACGCUAUGGGAGAUUGAUACCUGGAGCCUUCCUGUAGGCUUCAGACGCAAUUUCGGUCAGCUGUUGAGGGUAAACCCAUCCGCUUGUCAACUUGCUGCUCUGGCGGUGCAGAACUUGGCUCUGGGCUAUGGAAUCCCCCUUGACCCGCGUACUGCCAUACCCAAAAACUCCUUUUAUGGAGCGCACCUACGGACUGAAGCGGACGCGGCGAAUGCUGGCUGGCUCAACGCACCCAAUGCCAAUUUCUCGGCACAAACUGAUGCCUACAUCCAACAAGCAUCGAAGCACAAUCUGGGCUUGAUUUACGCCGCGUCAGGGGAUCCCACUGAUCUGGGUCGAUUCAAAGCCAAAGCCGCUGCACAUUCUCCUCCGGUACAAGUUGUGACUAAGUUUGACUUGCUGCCUCCUAGUGGUGCUGCUAUCUUGAAGGAGAUGACCUGGGAUCAGCAGGCGCUGGUUGACUUUGAGGUGUUGAAGAGAUGCAGUCUGUUUGGGGGAUUCGUGAAGAGCAGUUUUAGCUACAACAUUGGCAUGGCAAGAUAUCAGUGGCUGGAAGAUCAAGGAAAGGUAGUCGAUCCGUGGAUGGUCACGCACUCCAUGGACGGGGUGGCUUUUGACGACGGCCUUAGUCGUAUGCUUGGUCGAGAUGCUUUUCACGAGCAGAGGAUUCCUCGAGGGAUGUGGCCAUGA